AUGCACUGGGAGUUCGUGUCAUCUCCCGGUUCCGGGUCGUUGUCGGAUAUGGCAGAGCCUUCACUGGAAUCCACGAAAGCAUACAACAAGGCCAUCUCUUCGUUGAGGCAGUACAUAGCCGAUUCGGACGCACCCGCAGAAGCCGAUGUGUUAUUGGUCUGCCUAAUCUUGAUCUGCUGCGAGCUACUCCGUGGGACCCCCGAUCAAGCGACGAAGCAUUUGGACAUGGGUGCAGCGAUUGUCAAGUCAUGGUCAGCCGGCCUCUAUCGAAGCAGCUCUCAAUCCUGUGACAUCAAGUCACCAGAGCAGGACGACUUCGAUAUGCUAAGCAGAGCCUUCAUUGCCAUGGAAGUACACGCUGUUGCGUUCAACGACGAACGUUUGCCUAUCUUGACUGGCCUUGGCUUGCCAGGCGACACCAACGCCAUAGAGUCAGCUCAUCUCCCUACACAAUUCUCAACUAUCCAAGACGCGCAAUACAGCCUCAACCAGCUCCUCGGCACCGCAUUCGCCGCCAUGGUUGAGACGGCUCCAUACAAGAUCAGCUAUACGACGAAUGUGCCACAAGCGCAUAUCAGACGACGAGAGCUCCUGCGUGUCAUGUGCGACAGAUGGCUGUCUGCGAUGCUGGAACUGGAAUCGGAGCUAGGUGUGUGGUCAGCCAAUCCCAACGUAGAGGAUCGGAGGCGACAGAAGACCGUGGCAGUACUAAGAGCUCAGCACCUGUCCAUCCAAUGCUUGCUGGACGAAAAUAUACAGAUCAACCCUUGCGACGAGGAGCACUGUGCCUCGUCUUUUGAUGACAACGCGGGACACUUUAUUCGCUGGGCCAGCAUUGCAACAGAUAGUGACAUUACUCCAAAUGACCCAGCCGCCGGCCAUGCUUGGGACAGCGGCGACGGAAAGCGAGCGUUCUCUAUCGACCUUGGUCUAGGCCCACCCUUGAUACUAUUCGCAUUCAAGACCACGAAUACAGGCUAUCAGCAGCAGGCAAUCUCAUUGCUACGCAGCGACAAGCGCUUGCAGGGCUGGUAUGAUCUCAAGCACAUGACUGCGAUAAUGCAUGAGUUGUCUACCCAUCCAGAUGCUCCAGAGCCCUGGUCUGAAAACCAUUACCCUGGUCGGUUGGAGUCGACCGCAGCAGCUGCGGCGAAGGCAGUGUAUGGUCACGAUUCGUUCACCAUGGGCAGUCUGCAGACUAUGAGGUUGCUGCGUCCGGUUUGGCGAUCGCUUGACUGCGCGUAUAUAGAUUGCGAGGAAAUCGGGGUGUUGUAA